AUGUCCAAGUCCAAAAGUGGCUCCUCUGGGGGCUACCACCAGGAGUACAUUGCUUCUACACGCUAUCGGAAUGAUCUCCCUCCUCCAGACAUGCCCCCAAAGUUUCUAGAGAUCCCACAUGAGGGGCUCGAACGGUUUCUGACGCCAGGCUUUACGUCGAACCUGGCUCGACGCGAAGAGCCGAAUAUCGAUGUCGAUGCGGAAGGUGGAAUGCCAAUUGAUCUUGUCGGUAUCCCAGGACUUCAUCUGGGUGAUGAGAGUGCUAUCAUGGCUCCCGAAAACCCGCAACCUCUUGACCCAGCCGACCUCCCGCUUCUCAUGAAUCUGGAACAGCUGAAGAAUCCGGCACCGAAGAACACCAAUGUCAGCUUCCUGCGACGAACUCAGUACAUCUCAGCUGGUUUACGUGCCCCUGAUGGUGGCUCUAGGCCUACUCCGACAAGAGUGAAGCCGCGUGAAGACAAACACAAGAACCAAGAUGAUCCGACCUAUAUUAAACGUUAUAUCCAGAAGGGUUUCGAUACCGCCUACCCGGAAAGCAAGCAUACUGGCGAAGAGACCGCAAGCAAAAUCAAGGGCCACACAGCUACAAAGGCAGAACACGAUGCAUGGGCAACCCCUGUUCAUCCGGAUAACCCGAAGCUCAAGCCUGUUGGUUUCUACCCCAUCAUGCCCGAUUUACAAGGGUUUCCGGACCCCGGUGGCUUUGUUCAAUUCAAAUUCGACAAGGCGCCUGUACAAGGCAUCUCAGGGAAGCGCAACAAGACUAUGGACGUUGCUGUUCUCCUUCCGUCUGCCCCCGAAGAGCGCGUUUGCCAGGAGCAUGCUACUAAGGUGGCCCUGCACAAGACAAACCCUAACCUUUACCCCGACCCGGGUCCAAUUCCGUGGGACUACGAUCUUUUCUUGCCUGAUAAGAACGAAGCAACACAGAAUGUCAUAUCCAGUCUUGACAUCUUGAAUCCUAACCGUGACAGCCCUGAAUUAUAUACUCACAAUGGGCCUGAUGACACUAAGUUCCACCGUUUCGACCGCUCUCGCACAUAUGCCACCAGCGCACAGACGCUAAGUAACGACCACAAGCAAAGAGAUGUCGCUUUGACCCUAUUCGAUCCAGCACAGGUAGUGGAGGAUCAGCAGGAUAGUGCGCCUUCCAAACAAAAAGCUGCCUACUAUUACCCGAUCCUAGGCAAGACCCGUCUUAAGCCUGAACGUGCGCGUACUAUUGCGCAAGCAGGAUUGGCACCUACAAAGCCGAAGACAAAGGAAGACCAGGUUGAUCAACUUCAAGUGGUCGUCCGCGACCCGGAUGAAGCAGAGGUUUAUAAGCGUGCUUUGCACCGAGCAGCCAUUGAUCCCAAGUUUGCUGAUUCCAUGCCUCCUCCUCCGGCUGGUGCGGAUGACGAACAAGAGGUUCUCGAGGAGGAGAACAUUGACGGGGAUGAGAGAGGACAGGAAGAAUCGGGCGAAAGGGAGCCAAGUCCUGAUCAUCCUGAGGAAGCAGACGAAGAGUAA